AGAUUCUUUAAUUUGUGAGAAGCAAGAGCCUGCUGUGAAACAAACAAGAACUGAAGGGCUCAGAAUCAUAAUAAUGAGUUCAGUUCUGAGUUGCUUAAGCGUUACUACCAACAAUCUCAGUCUCGUUUUUCUGAUCUUACUUAUUCCACUGCUCUUUCUUUUCCGGAGCUCCAAAGUCGGCCGCAGCCGAGGAGGCAAAGAGCCACCGUUAGCGGCGGGUGCAUGGCCCAUAAUUGGUCAUCUCUGGCUCUUCACCGGUUCCCAGCCACCUCAGAAAACUCUAGGUGCCAUGGCUGACAAAUACGGAGCCAUAUUCAGGAUCAAGAUCGGAUCACAACGUGCUGUAGUCAUCAACGACUGGAAAACCGCUAAGGAAUGCUUCACCACCAACGACAUUGCCCUGUCAUCGCGCCCUCGGCUCAUCGCUAUCGAACGCCUGACGUACGACCAAGCCAUGUUUGCCUUCACACCUUAUGGGCCUUACUGGCGCGAAGUUCGAAGAAUUGCCAACCAAGAAUUGCUCUCCAAUCGCCAAGUCGAGUUAUCAAGCCACGUUCGCGUCUCUGAAGUAGAAGCCAGCAUUAAAGCGCUUUUCAAACUGUGGGCUGAGAAGAAGAACAGCGGCUCCGGCGGGUAUAUUGCGGUGGAGAUGAGGAAGUGGUUUGGGGAGUUGAUGCUCAAUACCUUUCUUAGAGUGGUUGCGGGAAAGCGGUGUUUUGGGUCAGAGGAAGAAGCACAGCGGUGUCUCAAAGCCCUGAGGGAUUUCAUGCGGCAGUUGGGGUUGGUUUUGGUGGGUGAUGCGGUUCCUUGGCUUCGGUGGCUGGACUUUGGCGGCCACGAGAAAGCCAUGAAAGAGACAGCUAAGGAAACGGACGCCAUUAUGGGGGAGUGGUUGGAGGAGCAUCGGCGGAGAAGAGCUUGUGGCGAGGAUGGGAGUCAAGAUUUCAUGGACGUCAUGCUUUCGAUUCUUGAUGGUUCUGAGCUUGCAGGAUUUGAUGCCGAUACUAUCAUCAAAUCCACCACUUUGAUUCUGAUGGGAGCAUCGAUUGACACCACUGCAGGAACUCUUAUAUGGAUCCUAUCUUGUAUGUUGAACAAUAGAGCCACUAUAGAACAAGCACAUAAGGAGUUGGACUCCCAUGUUGGUAAAGAAAGACUUGUAAAAGAAACCGACAUAAGUAAGUUGGUGUACAUUCAAGCCAUCGUUAAAGAGACAUUAAGGCUAUACCCUACAGCAAUUUUCUCAGGACCUCGUGAGUUUGCGGAUGAUUGCUUUGUUAAUGGCUACUACAUUCCGAAAGGAACGCAACUAGUCACAAAUUUAUGGAAGAUUCACACGGAUCCCAGCAUUUGGUCAGACCCAUUGGAAUUUAAGCCAGAGAGAUUUCUUACCACUCACAAAGAUGUUGAUGUCAGAGGUAACCACUUUGAGUUGAUCCCAUUUGGAAGUGGAAGAAGAAUCUGUGUCGGAUUAUCGUUUGCCAUGCCUAUGAUUCAUCUAACUUUGGCUACUUUCUUGCAAUCAUUUGAAUUUUCAAGGCCAUCUGAUGAACCAAUUGAUAUGAGCGAAGACUUUGGCCUCACAAUCAUGAAAUCUAGUCCACUUGAUGUUCUCAUCAAGCCACGCCUUUCUUCCAGGCUUUACGAUUUAGCAUGAUCAGAAAGUUGAACAAAGCUGAUCGACCCUCCCAAGAGAGAAGCAAAAGGGAUGAGUGGUGUAGUGGGACGACGAAAUUGAAAAAGUUUUGGUAAAAAUACACAUAUUUCGUUUAUAAGAUAGAGCCAAAUAAAAGGCGAAGACUCUGGUGUAGAAGGGAGUGUGGCUUCUAUACAUGUAGAAAUGUUGUGGUAUUGUGAGAUGAUGACAGGUGUUCAUAGAAAAAUAGAUUCUGCGCUGUUGCAAGUCAUGUGAAGGACGUGUUCAGCAUUCAUCAAGUGAGCAGUACGUUAGUUUUCGUUGGUGAUUAAGUGGAUUAACACUAAUUAGCAUUCCAAUGAUAACGGACCUGAUGAUGGUCUGAA